AAUGACUGAUCUCAAGGUCAUCCGUGCUGAGACUACAUCACUCAAGCAAAGAGUGGACAAGUCGGAAGAAGAGUCUACGGCCACCGCCGCCGAGCUCAGGUCUGUCCGUGCUGCACUCAGUGACCGCUCCGCCGAGCUUGAGCGCCUACGUCUCCUACUCGCGUCCGCCGAAGAAGACCGCACACUUCUCAAGUCCGAGUCCAUGACGUCGAUGACCACAUCAAGAGCCAACGCCUCGGUCCUGGAACGGGCGCUGGGAGAGCUGAAUCGCGCGUCGCAAGAGCGUGACGAGCUUUGCCGUCAGCUGCAAGACAUGAGCUCUGAACUCAAUCGCGUGCGCGGCGAGCAGAUGGCCCGUGUCGACGCCGUUGCCUCGCAGGAUCAAGCGAUCGCCCUUCUCCGCCACGAGUUCUAUGUCUCGGAGCAGCAUCUUCGCCGCCAGCGCAUGCUCUGCGCUUUUGUCAAGCUGCAGAACACUGCCCUCAAAGCCAAGCUCCGUGCCGCAGCCGCUGCUGCCGGCCCUUCUGACCACCUCCACUCUAUCCCGGGCACUCCCACCACGCCAGUCUCGCCCGCACUCCGCCCCCGUACCAAGUCGUCCACGUCUCUUUACAUCGCAGGCGGUACUCUCCAUGUUUCCGACUCCUCGUCAUCAUCCGACGACGAAGCUCUCGAUUCGUUCUCCUUCUCCUCAUCCGACGCUGACAACAAUCACCACACCGCCGACCACAGCCUCAAUCGCAUCCCGCAUCCGAGCCUCGCCACCACUCUGUAGAUCAUCAUCACCAAACCAAAGCUAAUCCC